AUGAUCGUUUCGGCAGUGCUGUGCGGUGGACUCUCGCGAUUCUUCGGCCGGGGGUAGGAAGGAAAACACGUCCAUUUCCCGAGGCGCCGUAGACGGAGUCGCAUAUCCCGCGCGAAUCACGCUGUGGUACCCGCUGUGUGCUGUGUGCGCUGCAAUGGCGGUGUAGACGUCCUCGGAGCGCGGGGCUCGCUUAUCUCACGGUACUGCAUUGUGGCUUGUUAUCUGAAUGGACAAUAAGGUGGAUGUCACGGAGGCUGAAAAUAUUUCAAUGAUUGGAACAUCUGGAAUUUUUCACUUGCCUGACGUACCAGAGAUAUCGGAGGCGUUAGAAUCAACUGGUCUUAGCCCCUUGACUUCUUCCUUAGAUCAAGCUCUCACGCUGCAAGAAGAUAAAGCUCUUUCCGAAGUUAAUAUGGGCAUUGAAGAUACAUGGACUGAAGCAAACAGUUCAACAUCAGACUAUGCGAUUCCUCUACCUCCACCGCCCGGAUUAAAUGAUUUCACAGAUAUCGGUGCUGAUCCUAUUGGCGAUUCUGGAACCGGCAUAGAACACGGUCCGUUUCUGCCGCCCGGCACACCAGCGCUUAACAACAUCUUUGCAGAGGCCGGAGAUUCCCACGAUGACUCGCCAAUGGAGGUAGUUGUUCUGCCUGCAGGCGUGUGUGGACUUCGUAACUUGGGUAAUACCUGCUUUAUGGCAGCUGGAUUGCAAUGCCUGACUGCGACUCCUCCUGUCCUACGACAUUUCUUGGAUUUACAGCAAAGAGGAGAGAAACUGCCCCCACCUGGGUCAUUAAUGGCACACUUUAGUGUACUCCUUGGAAAAAUGUGGUCCGGGAGAUACAGCGUACUCAGACCAACAGAAUUUAAACAAACUUUAGGUGCUUAUCAUUCACAAUUCAAGGAUUACAGGCAACAUGACUGUCAAGAAUUUCUGGCGCUUUUGUUGGAUUCCCUCCACGAACAAAUGAAUAUGGCAAAGUGUGCCAAGAAUUGUCAAGUUCCACUAUCUACGACCACUGCCAAUUCUUUUAAUUCUAUUGAAAACUCAAAUGGAAAGACCCUUUCCCCUAUCACUGCCACGGCUAACUCCAAUUGUAAUUCAGAUCUUUUGGAAAUGUACGAGUGUCUGUCACCAGAAUGCCCAAAUAGCCCCAAUGUGACUGUGGCUGGCUCACCAAGAGAAUUUGAUUCGUCGAUUGGAGAGCUCGAUAGUAUCACAAAUUCACCGAGAGAUUCGCCGUUAAAUGGUGAAGAUGACGAGGAGACGUUGGACUCGGAUGAAACCAUUGAGGCAAGAUCAAGCACUUUUAUUCACAACAAAGUGAACGAGGAAGGCGCAAAUGAGGUUACGCCGACACGAUCCCUGAGAUUAGACACUUUGAUCGAAUUAUCGAAAAGCGUGCCUCAGUACGGUGGCUUAUACGAUAUUCACAAAGAGGCCAAGACGAGUAAUGCCAACUUCUUAGUAACACAGCAGGAGUGUAAUAACGAAAUUCAUUACGACUCGCAGAAGUUUCCCAAGGAUAAUGUCCGCAGGAUGCCGUUAGAUAAUUCGAAUCUUAUGGAGAAUCAUGAUUUUGAUAAUAAGAGCGUUAGUAUCAAACGCAUAAAAGAGGUGAAUGUCCAGAAAGUCAACGGUAGCCUUGAUCCCGCGUCGACCGGUUCUGACAUCGAAUACGAUAGCGGUCUGGAAAAGUGCAACGUGAAACGCAUGAGAUUAGACGAUCAGGAGAAGAAUCACAAGCAUGACGGUCUUAGCGGUGAAAGUAUCCAAUGCUCGCGGAUUCUGCAGAAUUAUGGAAACGGCGCUAUCGCCGCGCAGGAUGAGCUUGAGGCGGAUAAACACUGGGCGAAGCACUUGCGAUCCAAUAGGAGUAUCAUUGUUGACACAUUUCAAGGCCAAUUUAAGAGCACGGUCGUGUGUUCGGUUUGUAACCACGUUUCUGUUACAUAUGAACCUUUUAUGUAUUUAUCGGUACCGCUACCUCAUGCUAUGGAGAGGCAAUUAAAUGUCACUUAUGUUCCUGCAAACGGUGACCAACCUAUGAGGUGUGUUAUUUCUUUGAAUAAGCAGUCUCGAAUUGGGAAAUUGAAAGAGGAGUUGUUAAAAACGCUUGGCAAAGAAGAUAUUUCGGUGACGAAUAUUGCACUCGCGGAGGUGUUAGAGAAUCACAUAGCGAAGAUUCUGGAUGACAAUACUCUCUUGAGACACGUCAAUGAUACGAAUCGAUCGAUAUACGCCUUUGAACUCACGGAACCUCCCGAUGCGUACACUUCAGUGUCGGAUGGCGGUGGGGACCGUCCAACGGAGGUGGAUUCUUGCCAAAGAUGUACAAUCACAGGCGAGGAAGUGCCGUGCAUGGUGUGCAUGAUAUGUCUCGAGGAAUUGGAUGGCGAUUUGAAGAGGCAUAGCGGAAAUAGCUGUAACUUCAUCAUGUGCGAUCCGUGUAUCGAGAAUUAUUUCAAGAAUCAAACGGAGCCGCAAAUGUGUCCGGUGUGUUCCACGUACAUGACAGCAUCGUCGUUUACGAAGAUAGAUCAAACUGGUCGACCCAGGCCCACUGUACGUAUUCUGAACGUACCUUUGGUAUUGAGGCACGAUACGACAAACGAGACGACAAACAACCGCAAAAGCACAAAGCUUUUCGGCUAUCCGCACUUGAUACGACUCCCGUCAAGAGUAAACGCACGGGAUUUAUAUGACAUCAUCAAGAGAAAUGUGCCACAUGAAGGAGACUACACGAUUCAUUUCGUUGAUGGACAGGGUCACCAUUGUUCACGAUGCAUGUAUACAGCGCAUUGUACUGGGUGUAGUGUACCUGAUACAGGAAUGGUUGCACUACAGAACGGUGAUACGCUUGCGGUUCGUUAUACUGAAUAUGUUCCUAAGAUCCUGCAUCCCAUCGAUCACGUCAGCGUCAGUAAGCAACGGCCGCACCAUCCACUGUCUCUUUAUGAUUGCCUUCAAGCAUUUAGUCAGAGCGAAACUUUAGACGAACAUAAUCCUUGGUUUUGUCCGAAAUGUGAAUGUAACCAGUGUGCCACAAAAACGCUUACGGUACAUCGAUAUCCCAAGUUCCUUAUUGUAUAUCUUAAACGAUUUGUGUUUUAUGAAUGCGCGAGUGUAAAGCUAGAUGACAAGGUCACAUUCCCUUUGGUGGGUCUAAGUGUAGGACGCCACCUUUAUGAUCUCUAUGCCUGCGUAUGCCACUUUGGAGGCGUGUCCGCGGGCCAUUAUACGGCGUAUGCGAAGAAUCCUCGCACGGACGUGUGGUAUUAUUAUAACGAUGAGAUCACGAGCAGGCAGAAGCCACAAGACGAGGAUUUUAGCAAUGCAUACAUAUUGUUUUAUAGUCGACAAGGGACCAACUUGAAACCGUGCAAUAUAUAACAAGUGGUGUAUUUAUCUUGGUAGCCGGUAGAACAAGUCGAGUCGGUCGAAGAAGGAACGGGGCUGGUGGCAGCAAAAGAAUGGAGUGUGGCAAAAGGGGGAUUGAUAUUUGCGUUCUUCCACGUGAUAUACACUGCGAAAGAUUUAUUCGCAUACUUUAUACGUUUGCAACUCUUUCUUUAUCCAUUUUGUUGCGCUUCUGUCUCCCCCGCGCAUCCAUCUCCCUCUCUCUCCUGCCUCUGCUAGGGUUAUCUUUUUAAAAGUGUAACGGAGAGCGUGCUCUUCGUACACGCACCAAUUUGCGUUCAAUUACGUGAAACAUUGAUAGCUGUGUGCGUUUCCUUCGUGCGAUUUGUUAUGCAAUUUCUUGACGGAGGAUAACCGUUUCUUCGCAAUCGGUAGCUUUGCCGGUAGCGUUUGCGUUAGCGCAACUUGGGCCUGACCUAUUUCGCGAAUAUCGAAAGAACUGAGCAUAUUUGUACUGAGCAUAUAUUGUAAACGUAUGUCGAAUUUGUACAGUAGACGGUUAAAUGUAGAACUCGAGGAUUCUAAACACGUAAUUUAUUAGUGAAUAAAAAGGUGGACGUGUCGUACUUGAAAUCAAACUUGAAAUCAUCACUCACCAAAGGCGGGACAUCACGCUUCGCCGUGCUUUCUUCUUUAUCUGAGCAGAGGAGCGGGAGGAUAUACGCUUAUCAAUAACAAAGUGUCGCGCUUAUCCGAUAUUCCUUCGUUAUCCAAGUGAAAGAACAAGAGGAUUGUAAAGCGAAACAGAAUAUACACAUUUUAUGAAACACAAUUACGUUCAUGGAUUAUUUAUUAAAUUAGUUGUGUAUAUGUAUAUAUGUAUAUAUAUUUAUAUAUUUAUAUAUAUAUACAUAUAUAGCAAUUUUUAUUACAAAGACACUAAUCGCAGUUCAACAUACGCUCGUAUUAGCACAGCAUCGGUGUAAUACUGAUGUUUCACGCACAUUUUAAAAUUGCUAUAAAUUGUUAUAACACGCUACAUUGUAACUUGACGCGUAUGCGUAAUUAGAAAUCGGUUCUUAAAUAUUUCUGUUUGCUGCAAAACCGAUUCUCGAGGUUUCUCGAGACUUUCUGUAGUAUAAAAAAAUGCUAUUGCCGUUGCGCGCUAAUGAUUUCCCCCGAAUCUAGCAGUUUCGGCCUUUUCACUCUCUUGUAACAAAUUUAUUUGGGUGCACUAAUAUAGCGCAUACUAAGAUCCACAUUACAUAAUCUUACCAAAAUACAUAUGAAAUAUCCAGAAA